AUGGUACAGACGCAAUUCUGUAAGAAGGUCAAGUUCGUGCGACACGACGGAGCUCGCGAGUUUGCAACCAACUCGCUUCAACUGUUCUACGAAGACGAAGGCAUUGAACAGCAGACAACGGUGCCGUAUUCACAUCAAACAAACGGAACAGCAGAGCGUGCCAUUAGGACUAUCGUCACGAUCGGCCGCAGCAUACUUCACCGUGCCAAGUUGGACAAGUGCUUCUGGGCUGAAGCACCAAUGACGGCCAUCUACAUCAAGAAUCGCCUACCGUCACCCAAAGUUGUGCACAAGACCCCGUUUGAGAUCGUGUACAACUCCAAACCAAGCGUCAAGCACAUGCGAGUAUUCGGAUGUCAGACGUUUAUACUGACACCGAAGGAGAAGCGACUCAAGUGGGAUCCCAAGGCUCGCGCUGGAAUCUUUCUGGGCUACGAAGAAGUGUCCAAGGCAUAUCGUGUAUUUGACAUCGAGGCGGGGCAGGUUGUUGUCAGUCGGGAUGUCAACUUCGACGAGUCCACCUUUGGACUUCAACUGCCGAUCACUGAUGAAGAUGUCGAUGACCUGGACUUCGAAUUGCUGGAUCUUGAUGACGAAGAGCUGCGUCAAAUGGAGUAUCAGCAAACUGGCAAGCGCAAGAACCGACUCAAUGAUGAAGAUACAGCAGCUCCACGACCGCGUGCAGUGCGUCAACGACCAGGACUAGAAGAGUCAAACGCGCCGGAAAACAACUCGUCACGCCAAGAAGAAGACGAAGAAACGAAGGAUUCUGGUGAUUCAACACCGCCUGUGUUUUGGCGUGCGAGUGCAAAUGCCGUUGAAGCAGCAGUGGACUUAUCAGAGCCCUCAACAUUUGAAGCAGCAGUAAGCGGCCCUGACCAAGUGCACUGGAGAAAAGCAAUUCAUGCAGAGCUCGAGUCAAUGCGACUUCGCGGUGUGUUUCGUGCAGCCAAGCUGCCCAACGGACAACGCGCCAUUGGCACAAAAUGGGUGUUCAAGAUCAAGCGCAAGGCGGAUGGGUCAAUCGAGAAGUACAAGGUACGAUUUGUGGCCAAGGGUUUCCGCCAAAAGUAUGGCAUUAACUACACGGAGACGUUUUCGCCUGUGGUCAAGUAUGUGACGCUGCGACUGGUGAUUGCAAUUUCCAAGCAUUUUGGAUGGCCCAUCGACCAGCUUGAUAUGGUGACAGCUUUCCUGUAUGGCGUCAUGAAGGAACAAGUGAUCUCUGUGAUUCCUGAAGGCGUCGAACUUGACAUGUCAGGCUUCGACCCAUGUCUCUACAUCAAGACAUCGGACGGUCAUUGCGUGUUUAUACUGGUCUACGUGGACGACGUCUUGGUGACUGGAAGCUCGCUCGAGCUGAUUGCACAAACCAAGAACGACCUGAAGACGCGGUUCGAGAUGACGGACAGCGGCAAGUGUGCGUUUGCUCUUGGGAUCGAGCUUUUGGACGGUGAAGAUGGCAGUGUGACACUAUGUCAGCGUCGGUAUGUCGAUGAUAUCCUCAAGCUCUUUGGCAUGGAUGAUUGCAAGGCUGUGUCAAGUCCAGUGGACAUGAGCUCUCGACUUAUUUCAAGCAAUGCAGCUACCAAGGUCGAUGCUCCUUUUCGCGAAGCUGUUGGUGCGUUGAUGCACCUGACCAAUGCAACGCGUCCGGACAUUGCGUUUGGUGUGGGCUAUGUGUCGCGGUUCAUGGAAAAUCCCCAAGAAGAACACUGGGUUGCAGUUAAGCGUAUCUUUCGCUACCUACAAGGCACCAAGACGCAUGGAAUUUGCUACAAGCCAAGUGCAAGGAUUGACUUCCGUGGAUAUUCGGAUGCGGAUUGGGCUGGUGAUCUUACCGACCGCAAGUCAACAUCGGGGUACACGUUCAUGCUACUCGGUGCGCUAGUGACUUGGGGCAGCAAGAAGCAGCCAAGUGUUUCGUUGUCCACGACUGAAGCUGAAUACAUCGCACUCAGCUUGGCGAUUCAAGAGGGCAAGUGGAUUCAUCGUCUGCUUUGUGAGAUCGUGAUGGCUGCCAAUGAAGAAGGACCGGAACUCAUGAUUCAUGAAGACAAUCAGUCAUGUAUCAAGAUGACGAAGAACCCGGUCAACCACGGCCGUGCCAAGCACAUUGAUGUCAAGUACCAUCACAUCCGUGAUGAGGUCAAGCGCGGUGAAGUGAAGCUCAAGUACUGUGAAACUGCGGUGAUUUUAGCGGACAUCAUGACGAAGGGACUUCAUGGACCACACCACAAGGAGAUGACGACGGCUCUCGGGAUUCGUGAGCAUUCGGAUUGA